GCGCGCCCUUCCCGCCGCAGCGGCGCCGGCGCGCGCCCAGCAUGUUCCAGUGGAAGAAAACCGUCUACAAAAGUGUCGUCUUCUCCUUUGCCCUGGUGGUCGCCGUGACGGUGCUGCAGAGGCGCAUGACCUCCACCCAGUUCUUUCAGGGCCAGCCUCAGAAAGAGCCCAUCUCCCAAGAGCCCGUGAAGGCUCAGAAGAGGGAUGGCGUGAUCUCCAGCGCCAACAACUUCUGGAAGAAGGACGACUCCUCCCUGAAGGACGCAGAAGUCCUGGAGAAGCAGGUGACCUCAUGGGAUGUCGUCACCAUCAAUUGCACAGCCAACCUCAACUUCAGCAAGGACGACUGGUUCCAAGGCCUGGAGCCCAACUUCCGCCAGUUCCUGCUGUACCGGCAUUGCAGGUACUUCCCGAUGCUCAUCAACCACCCGGAGAAGUGCAGCGGCGAGACCUACCUGCUGAUUGUGGUGAAGUCCAUCAUCACGCAGCACGAUCGCCGGGAAGCCAUACGCAGGACGUGGGGCCAGGAGAAAGAGCUGGGUGGAAAGAAGAUCCGGGUCCUGUUCCUCCUGGGUGUGGCGUCCAAGGAAGAGGAGAGGGCGAAUUACCAGAAACUUCUGGAAUACGAGAACCACAUCUACCGGGACAUCUUGCAGUGGGACUUCUUGGACAGCUUUUUCAACCUCACGCUCAAGGAGGUGCAUUUCCUGAAGUGGUUCAGCAUCUACUGUGACAACGUCCGGUAUGUCUUCAAGGGCGACGACGACGUCUUCGUGAGUCCCAGCAACAUCGUGGAGUUCCUGGCAGACCAGAAAGGGGACAACCUGUUCGUGGGCGACGUGCUCCUCAAGGCCAGGCCCAUCCGCAAGAAGGAGAACAAGUACUACAUCCCCAGCGCCCUGUACAGCAAGAGCACCUACCCGCCCUACGCAGGCGGCGGCGGCUUCGUGAUGGACGGGCAGCUGGCCAGGAAGCUGCACAGAGUGUCGGAGAGCCUGGAGUUGUACCCCAUCGACGACGUGUUCUUGGGCAUGUGUCUGGAGGCCCUGAGGGUGACCCCGGUGGCCCACGCCGGCUUCAGGACCUUUGGCAUUGUGAAAAACAAGAACAGCAAGAUGAACAAGGAGCCCUGCUUCUUCCAGAACAUGCUGGUCGUUCACAAGCUUCUUCCACCGGAGCUGCUCGUCAUGUGGGACUUGGUGCACAGCAACUUAACAUGCUCCAGAAAGCUCAACGUCCUUUAGCUCGCCCUCCCCUGGCUGAAGAGAAAAGCCAAGGGGAGAUGCGGGGUGCUGGCCGUUGUGGGGACGCUCCCAAA